UGAUGUACACGUACCUGAUUCUCUGCGUACUUUCGCCGCUGUCGGCAGUAACCCAGUCAUCAGUGGUCAAACAGGACACCGGGGUUAAAACGGUCAAUGUUGGUGACAGCGUGAUUUUACACUGUUACCCUGAAAGCCAAGUGGCGAUGCAUUUCUCCUGGUAUCGGCAAAGCAUAGGAGGCCGACCUGAGCUCCUGUCGAAUGUUUACAAGUACGACACACCGGCCAGGAUGUUCCACUGGCUGGAGAAGAACCCUCGUUUCUCUGUGCAGAGACAGGAGGGGAUGAACCAUCUGCACAUUUCUGGUGUCCAGCCAGAUGAUUCAGGCUUCUAUUUCUGUGGAAUCUCUCACUCCAACAUGGUGGAAUUUGGAGAGGGAGUCUUUCUCAGUGUCAGAGGAGACAACUUUAAGGCAGUCGUCCAGGAGCCAGUGUCCGAGUCGACGCAGCCGGGAAAAUCUGUAACGUUCAACUGUUCGGUGAAAACUGGAAACUGUAACGCAGAGUGCGGCGUGUACUGGUUCAAACGCGCGUCUCACCAAGGAAUCGUCUACAUCCACAGCGAUCAGUGUAAACAUGCUCCUCCAUCGGCGUCAUCUUCACAGAGCUGUGUGUACCAUUUAGAGAAGACCAACGUGAGCUCCUCUGACGCUGGAACGUACUACUGCGCUGUGGCUUCCUGUGGCGCCAUCAUGUUUGGAAAUGGAACCAAGCUGCAAAUCAAUGAUGAUGGAAACCCAGCAACAGCAAUAAAGAUUUUAGUCUGGCUGUCAAUCAUUCGGACCGGGACGCUCCUGUUAUUUCUUACUGUUUGUCCUCUGCUUUUCAUGAAAAAGAACAGGUAUAAGUCUUAA